UUUCAUGGGGACGCCGGCUGCCGUCCGAAUUCGCAGCCGGUGGGUGACUUUGUCUCGGCGCCGUGCACGGACAUCCCUUCGGCCGCGGCAUGAACGAGCUGCCCCGGGAGGCGGGUGGCUCGGCGGGGCCCGCACUGCCCCCGGCUGCCACCGCUGACACUCGCAGAGGCUGGCUCCACAAAUGGACCAACUAUCUGAAAGGUUACCAGCGCCGCUGGUUCGUGCUCAGCAAUGGGCUCCUCUCCUAUUACAGGACACAGGCUGAGAUGGCACACACAUGCAGAGGCACCAUUAACCUAGCAACUGCCCACAUCGACGCAGAGGAUGCAUGCAUCAUUGUGCUCUCAGAUAGUGGACACACGUACUAUCUGAAGUCGAGCUCUGAGGUGGAGAGACAAUGCUGGGUGACAGCACUUGAACUGGCCAAGUCCAAAGCUGUUCGGAUGAUGAGCAAUCAGUCAGAUGACUCUGGUGACGAGGAGCCAACCUCGCAGUCUGAUAAGAGCGAGCUGCACACCACCCUGAGGACGCUAGCCAGUAAGCUUGAUGAUCUGAGCCAGUGCAACGAUCUCAUCGCAAAGCAUGGAGCAGCCCUUCAGAGAUCCCUGAGCGAGCUCGAGACAUUGAAGCUCCCAGCUGAGAGCAGGGAGAAGAUUAAAGCAGUCAGUGAGCGAGCCACCCUCUUCCGCAUCACAUCCAAUGCUAUGAUCAAUGCAUGCCGGGACUUUCUGGAGCUAGCAGAGACACACAGUCGGAAAUGGCAGCGAGCCUUGCAGUACGAGCGUGAGCAGCGUGCCCGACUUGAGGAGACGAUCGAGCAGCUAGCCAAACAGCACAACAGUCUGGAGCGAGCCUGCCGUGGAGCACCGGCACUGCCAACCAGCUCCACAGAGGUCUCCAACGCCAGCAAAGGAAGUUGGACUGAUUCUUGGCUGGGACAAAGAUCGCACCGUAUAAAAGCGAGAACGCGACCCGUGAAAGGGGAGACAAGUGAUGAAGAUGAGGAGACCGAAUACUUUGACGCCAUGGAGAGUGCACCAGAAUUCAUCACAGUAACAACCGAUCCUACAGAACACAGGCGAACAGGAAGUAAUGUCAGUGCGACCAGCAGCGAUCAGACUGAAACUUGGAACCCGGAGGACCAGGCAUUUGACUGUGGGCACCAGGCUUCUUUCAGUGUGUCAGCAAGUAGAGCGGUAAAGCCAAGCAGAAAGAGGCGAACCCAAAUCCCAGAAAAGCCUAAUUAUAGCCUUAACCUUUGGAGCAUCAUGAAAAACUGCAUUGGGAAGGAGCUGUCCAAAAUCCCUAUGCCUGUUAAUUUCAAUGAGCCUUUAUCAAUGCUUCAAAGACUAACUGAAGACUUAGAAUAUCACGAUUUAUUGGACAAGGCAGCUCAGUGUGAAAACCCAGCUGAGCAGAUGUGCUAUGUGGCUGCAUUCUCAGUGUCUUCCUACUCAACGACCGUCCAUCGCACAGCAAAGCCAUUUAAUCCUCUGCUGGGGGAGACCUUUGAGCUGGACCGGCUAGAGGAGAGUGGCUUCCGUUCGCUGAGUGAGCAGGUGAGUCACCAUCCUCCGGCUGCAGCACACCACGUCUACUCUAAGAAUGGCUGGACCUUGUGGCAGGAAAUUACCAUUGCCAGCAAGUUUCGUGGGAAGUACCUCUCCAUCAUGCCACUAGGUGCUAUUCGCUUACAAUUCCACUCUGGAGGCAACCACUAUAUGUGGAGGAAGGUCACGUCCACCGUACAUAAUAUCAUUGUAGGCAAGUUAUGGAUUGACCAGUCAGGAGACAUCGACAUUGUGAACUUCAAGACAAAGGACAAAUGUCAACUCAAGUUCAGUCCCUAUAGUUACUUCUCACGAGACUGUGCCAGGAAGGUGACGGGUGUGGUGACUGACCGAGAAGGCAAAGCAAAUUAUAUCCUGUCAGGGACAUGGGAUGAGAAGAUGGAGUUUGCAAAAGUUGUACAGAGCAGUCAAGAUGAGGGCAAACAGAAAACUGUUUACCAGACCCUUCCACCCAAGGUGCUGUGGAGAAAGUAUGCACUUCCGGACAAUGCAGAAAACAUGUACUACUUCUCUGAGCUGGCACUCACCCUGAACGAGAUGGAGAGUGGGACGGCGCCAACUGACAGCCGCCUGCGUCCGGAUCAGCGCUUGAUGGAAAACGGCGACUGGGAGGAGGCAAACGUGGAGAAGCAGCGACUGGAGGAGAAGCAGAGAGCCGCCCGGCGCUUGAGGGAGGCCGAGGCAGCCAGAGCCUUGGAGGAAGGCAGGGACUCUGAAGCUUACAAACCGGUGUGGUUCGAGAAGAAAGAGGACCCCUUCACUGGCGAGGAGAUGUACAUUUAUAAAGGCGGCUACUGGGAGUGCAAGGACACACAAGACUGGGAGUUGUGCCCAGACAUUUACUGAGCACAUUCAAUUCCAGGCCGAAGGACCUCAGAGUCUCCCCAGUCACCAGCAGUAGAGGAAAGGAGCAUCGUCAACCUCCACUGUAGAACAGAGCAAUGGAAACGUACAGGGCAGCUCUCUGGUACAGACAACAUCAAUGCAAAUAAACACCACGGCCCCACUCACAAGACACAACACAGCUCCCUCCCCUCUCCCCUGAAAAAUACAUCCCACAGAAGAUCCAUGGAAUUAUUUUUAACCACAGAAGUCCAUAGAGUGAAAGCGGUGGGUUGCUGGGGGGGGUUUGGUGGUCAGCACCAAUGUUCAAACAGCCAGGUAAUCCAACAUCCGUAGUACCCUGAGAACCCAACUGUUGAUGUGAUCUGCAGUCCUGGACAGAAGGUCAGAAUUUUGUCAGCUGAAAUUAGAUUUUACUGUUGAAGGACAAUAUACAGAUCUGUGGCAGUAGUGUUAGACUGGAAUCACUCUGUGCUGGGAGCUAGAUCAGCCUUGUGUGCAACUCGGUGAUGGGUCCUUGUGUUCUUGGCAUCAUUGCACACAGAGACGAAAGGGACAGCAGCGAGGGAGAAAGGGCCUGCUAUGGGGAAUCACUGAACUUAACACGAGAACACAAGCUCAGAAUGAUAGUGUGUGGAAGGUGAAGCACAGACUGCUGUUCCAUAGCAUCAUCCUGCUCGGCUACUAAGUAGAUCAACUGAUUUGUUGUGCUUUAGAUCAACUUAAAACAUAACAUUGUCACACUUAAUUGCAAAAUUGCAGUAGUCAGGUAGCAAAUCAUGUCGCAAGCUUAAAGUUUAGAGAUUCUGCGAGGCUUGACACAGCAAAUCAUUUGCUCCAACAUAUAAUGUAUCAUCAACAUUGCUGUCUACCUCACAAUCCAGUGGAUUAGUUCUGUUUUUGACCACACCACAACAUGGGCUGCUGGAUCACUGACUAAAGGUUGCCUUCCACUCCCAGUGCCCUGAACGGCUGUUUGUACUAAUGUGAUUUGAUCCUAAUCCACUCGCUGUCCCCACCACCAUCCCAAAUCCUAACAGAUAAAGCACAACGAUUGGAAAUUACAGUUGUUGUUACACAUUCAGUGGUCGUUUUUUUUUUCAACGCA